AUGAAAGUAGAGGAACUUAUUAUUGAUGGUUUCAAAUCGUAUGCCACUCGUACUGUUAUUUCAGGUUGGGAUGCACAAUUUAAUGCUAUUACAGGGUUAAAUGGUUCUGGAAAAUCCAAUAUUUUGGAUGCGAUUUGUUUCGUUUUAGGAAUCGCUUCAAUGUCAACAGUUAGAGCUUCCAAUUUACAAGAUUUAAUUUAUAAAAGAGGUCAAGCUGGUGUCACUAAGGCUAGUGUUACUAUUAUAUUCAACAAUAAUGAAAAAUCGAAAUCUCCUAUAGGAUUUGAGAAAUUUCCAACUAUUAGUGUUACUAGACAGAUCAUAUUGGGAGGUAAUUCAAAAUAUUUGAUUAAUGGACAUAAAGCUCAACAACAAACAGUUUUGAAUUUGUUCCAAUCGGUUCAAUUAAAUAUCAAUAAUCCAAAUUUCUUGAUUAUGCAAGGAAAAAUUACCAAGGUUUUAAAUAUGAAACCACUGGAAAUACUAUCGCUUAUAGAAGAAGCCGCGGGUACAAGAACAUUCGAGGACAGGAAAGACAAAGCUCAAAAGACCAUGGCUAAAAAGGAGGCCAAAUUGAUAGAAAUUCGAAACCUAUUAAAAGAAGAAAUAGAUCCAAAAUUGGAAAAAUUAAGAAUUGAGAAGAGAAAUUUCUUAGAAUUCCAACAAACCCAAAUUGAUUUGGAAAAAUUAUCAAGAAUAAUAACUGCAUAUGAUUACAUUAGCUUGUCUGAGAAAUUUACUAAACAUAGUAGUUACUUCGCUCAACACGAAGAACAAAUCAAUAGUCUUCAUGAUGAAAUAGAAAAGCUCAAUGUUGAAAUUCAGAAUUUAAAUGAUGAUUUAAACCAAAUUAAAGUCAAACGGGAUUCCGAUCUCUUAAACGAUGCAAAGCUAAAGGAAAUGGAACAAUCAGAAAACCAGCUUUCGAAUGAGAUAGCAAGAUUGAAAACUGCAAGAGAUAUUUCUUUAGAAAAUCUUAAAGAAGAGACGAAGAAGAAAGACAGAUUUGAAAAACAGUUAGAAGCUUUGGAUAAUGCAAUAAAGAACAAUCAAGAUAUUUAUUCCAAUCAUGAAAUGAACUACAAGAAAUCAAAUGAUGAAUUAGCCCAAUUGAAGGAUGAUUUGAAUAAGAAAGAAGAAUUGGUUUCUAGUUUAUCGACUGGUAUUUCUUCCAAAGGCAAUGUAAGUACUGGUUAUACAGCACAAUUGAAUGAAGUCAAAGAGAAAUUGAACUCUUCAGAAAACUUCGUCAAGACUUCAAAAUUAAAAAUAGCACAUUUAGAACAACAAAUAGGCUCAGAUAAAAUCAAACUAAGAAAAGCCAAAGAGGACAAUCAACACAUUUUAGCUAGUAUUCUGAACCACAAGGCGUUUAUUGCUGAUAAGCAAAGUGAACUUGACCAAAAAUUGGGAUUUGAUCCUGCAAGAAUUAAUGAAUUACGAAAUCAAGAGUCUGAAUUACUCUCUCAGCGAAGCAGAUUAAACAAUGAAUUGAAUUAUAUGAAGAGAGAUAUUGGUAAUAUAGAUUUUCAAUAUUCUCGUCCAUCAGCUGAUUUCAAUGAUAAUUUGGUUCGGGGUAUAGUUGCUCAGUUGUUUACCUUGCAAGAAGGAGCUGGCGGAAAGGCUGGAGCAUUACAAAUCUGUGCAGGAGGGAGAUUAUAUAAUGUUGUUGUAGAUACAAGUGAUAUUGCAUCCCAAUUAUUGGAAAGGGGCCAAUUGAGAAGAAGAGUUACGUUCAUUCCUUUGGAUAAGAUCCAUGCUCGAUCUGUUGAUGCUAAUGUAAUUGAAUAUGCCAAACAAUUGGUACCAGGAAAGGUUGACCUUGCACUAAAUUUAAUUGAAUUUGAAAAAGAUUUGUGCAAGGCAAUGGAAUAUAUCUUUGGUAGUACAUUCAUUUGUAACGACCCAGAUACUGCAAAAGCAGUGACAUUCGAUCCUCGGAUCAGAACUCGUUCUAUCACGUUGGAAGGUGAUAUCUAUGAUCCAGAAGGUAAUUUAUCUGGUGGGUCUCGUAAAAAUGAUACUACUAUCUUGCUUAAGCUUCAACGAUACAACAAAGAAGCAGCCAAAUUAAAGGAAAUAGAACUUGAAUUGGGUGACAUUCGCGAGGAAUUGGGAAAUAUGGAGGCAUUAAUGGAUUCAACGAAAAUAUUACAGAAUGAGAUUAAUUUAAAGAAACAUGAAUUGGGAUUGUUGGAAAAGAAAUUGGCAAAUAAUCCUUCUUCAUUAAUUUUGAAACAAAAUGAAGAAAAUGAAAGGGAGAUUACCAAUUUAUCCCAACAAAUCCAAGAAAAUGAACAGAAUUGUGUUCAGUAUAGAGAGGAAAUUGCAAGAAUAGAGAAAGAAAUACAUGAAUUUAACAAUGACAAGGGCUCAAAGAUCAAGGACUUGAAAGUGGAAAUAAGUAAGUUGAAAAAGGAAGUCAAUAAGAAGCAAAAACAAGUCGACAACUUAACUGACAAAUUUCAAGUCAUUCAAAUCGAGAGCGAACAACAUAAAACUGAGAUGUCUAAUACCAAAGAAGCAUUGGCUAAUUGUGACCAGAUAAUUGAAGAAUUGACCGCAAAGAGUGAGCGCCAAUUACAGGAACAUGAAAAGGCAAGUCAAAAGUUAGAAAUUGUAAAGGCUGAAUUGGAUGAGCUUAGAGCCAAUUUAUUGGGCUUAGAGGAAGAAAUGAAUGAAGUGAAGAAUUUGUUGAAAGAAAAGCACGAAUCCAUUAAUGAAUACAAAUUAACAAUUCAAAAGCUAACUCAUGAACUAGAGAAAUCAGGUAGUAUUGGAAAGAGUUUAAAGACUCGCUUGGAUGAGAUUAUCAAUGAAAAUGAAUGGGUUAUGGAUUCUAAUGUGGUUGAAAAUAUAAUUGAGCAGAAUCCCAACAUUGAACUUGAAGAAAGUAGAGAACAAUUGAAUGUGUUACAAGAGAAAUGCCAGAGUAUGAGGAGAAAGGUAAAUGGCAAUAUUAUGAGUAUGAUUGAUAACGUGGAAAAGAAAGAAGCUUCUUUGAAGACUAUGGUCAAAACUAUUGAAAAGGAUAAAACUAAGAUUGUCCAUACAAUUGAAAAAUUAGAUAGUUAUAAACGUGAAACAUUAACAAGCACCUAUCAAAAGGUCUCUACAGAUUUUGGUCUAAUCUUUGCUGAUUUAUUGCCUGGGUCAUUUGCCAAGUUAGUUCCUGUCAGUGAGACUGAUGUUACUAAAGGUCUUGAAGUUAAGGUCAAAUUAGGAGCAAUCUGGAAAGAAAGUUUGGUCGAAUUGUCCGGGGGUCAAAGAUCAUUAAUUGCACUUUCUUUGAUUAUGGCUCUAUUACAAUUCAAGCCAGCACCAAUGUAUAUCUUAGAUGAAGUAGAUGCUGCGUUAGAUCUUUCCCAUACUCAGAACAUUGGUCAUUUGAUUAAGACGAGAUUUAAAGGUUCACAAUUUAUUGUGGUGUCGUUAAAGGAAGGUAUGUUUACCAAUGCGAAUAGAGUUUUUAGAACAAGAUUCCAGGAUGGUACCUCGGUGGUAUCGGUUAUGUAG